CUGUAAAAAGGUUGCUCCUAUGUUGCCUUUGAAGUCCGCUGGCCGUGAAGUUCCUUCUCUUGAGCAACAACAAUCGGUCGCCAAACAGGUGCGUGCUGUCGUGUUACUCUACAACUACUACCAGAGGAAACGCCAUUCAGAAGUAGAGUUUCUCGGUUUUGAAUCUUUUUGCAAGUUGGCUGUAACUUUGAAACCAACUUUGAUGGGAUACUUGAAACUAAUGCAACGAUCUGAUUAUGCUGAGUUGGAUGACCCGGAAGAUCAGCUUUCAAUGACUGAGAAAGCGAUUAUGGAUGCUUGUGAUAUAUCUUUAGUUCUUGAUGCUUCUAAAGAUGUUCCAAGUACUAAGGGAUGGCCAAUUUCCAAAGUAGCAGUUCUAUUAACUGACCCCAGUAAAGAAAUUUGCGUGCUGAAAUUUGGUUCCAUCAUCAACGGGGUUUGGUCGAUCAUAGAGAAAGAUAUUGAUAGCGCUAGUGUCAUUUCUGAAGCUAUAGGGAAUGGGAAACACAACAAAAGAAAAAGGAACAUGAAAAAACCCUUGAGAGAUGAAACAAAUGCCGAUGAAGCUGGUUUUCAGCGGCUUGCACUCUCAUCUGUUAGUGAAGUGACAGGCAUUAAUCAGAGUGAUCUCAUGGUUUUGGAGAGCCAUAUUGUAUACUCCUUGAGUAAAGAAAAGACAGCUGCUCACUUUUAUAUUAUGCAAAGCACCCAAUCAAUCAGGGAGGAUCUUCAAGUUCCUAUUAAAGAUGUUCUUGAGAGUUUGCAAGGCCCAUUGGUCAGAAAGAGUUCCUGCAGUUGGACAGUGACCCCAGUUGUUGAGUAUUUUCAUGUGCUUCCCUAUGCUGGAGUCCUGACAGACUGGUUUUCAAGGAUAGUGUUCUCAAAUAGUUUGCAAAAUUUAAGGGUGGAAUUAGGAAAUGAAGGUGUCAACAGCUCUCAGCAGAUAGAAAACCUCUGUGACAAAGAAGUUACUGAAGAUGGAGAUGAUUCUAAGAAAAACUGUAAUGCAGAAGAUUCUGUUACCAACGAGGCCAAUGAAAUCAAUACUGAAUCCUUAGAGCAAAGAGAUAUUAAUGGAAGCAGCAUGGUUUGUUUGUCUGGUUCUUCUACUGAGCCACAAAAUAUGGAUGUUGAUGACCUUUCUGUGGGUUGCCGCCAGAUUGAGAACAAAAGCAAGAGUGCCUGCAACAUAAUCAAAGUUUACCAGCACCAGAAAAGGAUGACUUCUUCUGCAGAGAGUAAUAUAAAUGCCAAGCCAAGUGGUGUCAAGGGCCAGGAGCAGGGUGGAGGGAUUGGUGUCCCUGCGGCUGCUGAGGGCCUUCCAGAGCUCCCCACUUCCGUAUCAGUGCCAUUGCCUACCGGCGACCUUAUGGUCACCAUUCCAGAUCCGGCGGUCGUCCCCCUACAGCUUGCUGAUGGGGUUGAGCAGGUGUCCCGCGAGUACGUGGAGGCCUGCUACCGGACGAUGGCCGGCAUGAUGGUGCUGAUCCGGGAGUAUGCUACGGGAGCUCGGGCCCCGGUUCAGGUGGAUAUGGUUGACUCCGUGAUGAAGCCUUCUGAGGUCAAAGAUGAAAAGGCAGAUACUGGAAACAAGACCUGCAACAUUCUCUCGUCUGACCAAGAUGAACUGCCAAUAGGAGAUUGUGCACCAGUUCUUUCCCAACUGAACUCUACAUAUCUAGAAAAACUACAAGUCACUUUGGCUUCAAAAGAAAAUGCGUUGUCACAGACUGCCUUGAAAGUUCUUCUCAGGAAAAGACAUAAACUGUCACGGCAGUUGCGAAGUCUAGAAGAUGAAAUUGCUGUGUGUGACAAAAACAUCCAGACAAUUUUAGAUGGCAGUGAAAAUGACUUGGCUCUAAAGAUAGAGGCCAUUAUAGAUGCUUGUAAUGAUGUGUGCCUAAAAUGUGAAACUGAAACUCAAGAUGCGACUCGUCAACAUUUUGAAGGCCAAGGCUCACCUCAAUACAGGAGGAAGAGAUUGUCUGAGGCUGUCCUCACUCUGCAGAAUUCAUGUCAGGAACUGGAUGAUAUAUGCUACGAGAACAAUUGGACAUUAGCAACAUAUCAUGUAUCCCCGGAAGAUGGUGGAUUCCGGGCCAAUGUAACUGUUAAGGGGCUGGAUUUUGAGUGUUCAGGUGGAAGCGACAUGUGCUCCACUCCUCGUUUGGCAAGGGAUUCGGCUGCGGCACAAAUGAUUGUCAAAUUACGAAAUAUGGCAAGCCAGAGCCAGUAGUUCUGGUUCAUCUACUAAAGGGGCUGCUGCCCCAGAAGUUGCAUGGUAUGUAGAAAUUUGACUUGUCAUAGGGUUGUUCCCAUGUUCUUGAGGUGGGAAUUCGAUGUAAAAAUAAGGACACGAAAAACCCUAUUUGGAAAGUACACCGUAUGGACAGUAGAAGAAGUUUUAUGUAAAAAUGGCUUCCUUUUUAACUGGUUUGGGUUCUUCUAUUUCACCUGGUGACUGGUGCAUAAAAAUUUCAAAUAAAUUAGCUGUCUGAUUAUUUUUUUUGGGUGAA